GCAAAAAGAGCCAAAUUGUGUACACUUUGAGCAUGUUUUGCCAACACACUCCGUCAGCAUCACUCUUUGCGUAAUCGCUUACACUCUCUUUCCGACUGCGUGCCCUCAUUGUGUUCGUGUUGUUACACUUUGCGCGCGUCUGUCUCCUCUUUGUGCAGUGGUUAAAUUCUGAUCUUUGCGCGCAUUGUGCGAGUUGCUGCCAGCCCUGCAACUACCUUGCUCGUUCUUUAUCAUACUGAAUACCAAUUCUUGGAAGCCAAUGGUAAUCUUGUUGGUAGUGCAUUCCCUUCUGUGUCACUGCGCGAACAUAUUCUUUUGCUAGAAGGCCAAUAUUGAUAACAAUGAUGACGUAUGCCUCAGAGCACCUACAUAUAUUAAAGCUUCGAUCCGCACCACAAUACAGAUCAGUUUCAGUUCGGUCGUGACGAUCAUCAGUUGUGUGAACAAGAGAGCUUAGCUAACAGCUACAAGUGUCAUGAAGUCGAUUCCAAGCUUGCUGAUAGUGGCUGGAUUGGUGCUGUUGUGUGCCUCAUCUUUGGAGGCCCGGAGCAAAAAACGAAAGGGCUAUUGGAGAAAUAACGUCCAUGAAAAUUUCGAAAUCUACCACCCGAAAGGAUUGACAGUGUGGUACCCUCAAGUGCGAGGAUUAGUUGAAUUUGGAGUGGAAGUAUUCCUCAAUCAACAUGCAUCCGAUUUUUCCGAAUGUGAUGUGUGCCUCAAUACGACGAAUAUCUCUUAUGGGAAAUUUAUUAUUCACGACGACGAUGCCGUCAUUCGAGCAGGAGAUAAUCUAAGGUAUCGGUUUAUAUUCCAAAUGGCAAACGGAUCAGUCUACACGACUCAAAGGGAAUUCCAUGUGUCAGCCAAUAAAAUUCUUCGUCGGCAAGAGGAAUACCCAUCCGCAACGACCAGUUCCGUGACAAAAGAAGACCAAUCAAAAGUCGGCAUAUAUGAAAUGGACAUAAUGCUUCUGGAAAGCAUAAUAUACGCCCUGGUUCAACACUGCGACAAUAUGACGGAAAUGAGCAAGAACUUAUGUUUGCACUACGAAUCCCCACCAAAUCUUAGUUCGAAGCAGCUGUAUGAAUAUACUCGUAACGAUCUGCAGAAUUUGUUUCCAAAUAUCAGCUGGUCUACGGUGCUUGUGAAUGCUUUCUACCACAACGAUGGCAUCGGAUUUGAAGUGAAGACGUUGAUUGAUAAGCUGAGGAUCCUAAAGUUGUCGAAAAACUUAUACCCGGGCACAAUCAGCGAUAUGGACCAUUUGGACCAAUCAACACUCAGAGGAGGUACUGAAGACUAUAAUGAUAUCAUGUUCGACGAUGUCAUCGAUGCCAAUUGAGAUAUAUGAGUUAUUAGUACUUUUUUAUCAACAUUUUCAAAAUACGUAUCUUAUUAUCUUCAAAUAAAAAAAAAAUAUACCUGAUUUCUUUUGUUUUGUGCAUUAAUA